AUGUGCGAAGAGUGCGGCCGAUACUUCUCCCAGCAGGCUGCCUUGGAUAUCCAUCGUAGAAUCCAUACUGGGGAAAAACCUUUUGUUUGCUUGAAGUGUGGUAAAGGCUUUAGAAGCAAAGGAAAUCUUGUAUCUCACCAAACUGUCCACACAGAUGAUAAGCAGUUCCAGUGUUCCAUAUGCGAUAAAUAUUUUAAACGGAGCCUUGGCCUCAUCGAGCACAUGAGGCUUCAUACUGGCGAGAAACCUUUCACUUGCCCUGACUGCGGCAAAUGUUUUUCCCAACGUUCAGCCUUUAGCACCCACCAGAAGAUCCAUGCAGAUGGCAAAGUGUUCACAUGCUUUGACUGUGGCCGGUGCUUCAAAACUAAAGCUGACCUUCGGACACACGAACUGGUCCAUUUGGGUGACAAGCCCUUUCAGUGUACAGAGUGCGGGGAGGGGUUUACAAGACGGGCCAACCUGCUUAGGCAUCAACGCACGCAUUCGGGGGUGAAGCCCUUCUCUUGCCCUGAUUGUGGCAAGACUUUUACACGAAAGCUCGGCCUUCUAAAACAUGAAAGGCUCCAUAUUCGAGAGAAAGCACAAGCCAGGUUUCGCGCAAGUAUGGCUUUUGCGGCACUAGAUCCUGCGGUAUGUGCGCAUCCUGGCAAAAAGUGCAGUGUGCGUGGUUGGCCACAGGGUGCUAUAUGGUCUAGGAUUGUGGUCCAUCUCUAUGGUUUCCAGACUCUGAAGACCCCUUCGGGUGUAAACCCACCAUGGCAUUUGAAGCCUGGACCACCUAACAAGCCCAGUGAUGGAUGA